AUGACUGGAAUGACUGCUGAUGGUCAUUCUCAAGUUUAUAGAGCUAGAGCUGAAGCAUGUGAAUAUAAAUACAAACAUGGUUUUGAAAUGCCUGUGGAAACAUUGUGUAGUCGUAUGGCUGAUAUUUCUCAAGUAUACACACAAAAUGCUGAAAUGAGGCCACUUGGAUGCAGUAUAAUAUUAAUUGGGACUGAUGACAGAAAAGGACCUAUAGUGAACAAGACGGAUCCUGCAGGAUAUUAUUGUUCAUUUCAUGCUAUUGCAUUGGCCAUAUCAUGUUUGUCAAACGUUUUAGCUGAUGAUUUUAAACCUAGUGAUAUUGAAGUUGGUAUUGUAACAACCGAGAACAAGCAAUUUGAGGUCUUAAGUGAACAAGAAGUAGAUCGUCAUUUAACUCAAAUUGCUCAAAGAGAUUAA